CCCUUUACCGAGCUGGGUUUUUCCCAAAGGUGAAGAGUGAGAUUCAGACGAGCGCCUCUUGGAGCAGGUGGACACAAGUAUCCUCGGUUUGGCUGUUGCAGCUGUUCUUCCUCCAAACGAGGGGUGUGAGCCAAGAAAAGACAAGCAUUCUGCCCCGGUUGAUAGAGCUCCAGUGAACUGUUGCUCAGAACCUGGGCACUUUAAACACCUCAUUUCCCUCCUUUCCCUGUACACAUCACCUCACAUGUGUAACCCCGUGUCUGUCUUUGCUGCUGCUUGCUCAGGACGGUAGAAGGGAGUUUGAAGCAGCUGGACCAGAGGGUCUCCCAGUGCUGCGGGGAGCUGUCCAGGGUACCGAAGCAUCGCAGGCGCUGUUGCCACCUCCACCGUGCCAGGUUAGGCUGCACAUUCUCAUUUCUGUCUUUCUGAUUUCCCAUGCCCCGGAUAAGACUGUUUUCAGGAUCGUAAAUUCCUCUCCGUAUCAUGGCCCACGACAGACACUUUCGGACACGAGUUUCUGGAUUUUACUUCUGGGAAGCGACACUGUUACUAAGUUUGGUUGCCACAAAAGAAACGAACAGUGCAAGAUCUCGAAGCUCUCCAAUGUCACCUUCAGACUUUCUGGAUAAACUAAUGGGGAGGACAUCAGGGUAUGAUGCAAGAAUCAGACCUAACUUUAAAGGUCCUCCAGUUAAUGUCACAUGCAACAUAUUCAUAAACAGCUUUGGCUCUAUUGCAGAGACAACUAUGGAUUACAGAGUAAACAUCUUUCUUCGCCAAAAAUGGAAUGAUCCUCGUCUUGCUUACAGUGAAUACCCUGAUGAUUCUUUAGAUCUCGACCCAUCCAUGUUGGACUCCAUUUGGAAACCCGAUCUGUUCUUUGCCAAUGAAAAGGGUGCCAAUUUUCAUGAAGUUACUACAGACAACAAACUGCUAAGAAUUUUCAAAAAUGGAAAUGUUCUUUACUCAAUAAGAUUAACGUUAACACUUUCCUGCCCAAUGGAUCUUAAAAAUUUUCCAAUGGAUGUACAAACAUGUAUAAUGCAACUGGAAAGCUUUGGGUACACAAUGAAUGAUCUAAUUUUUGAAUGGCAAGAUGAGGCACCUGUGCAAGUGGCAGAAGGACUCACUUUGCCCCAGUUUCUGUUGAAAGAAGAAAAAGAUUUACGAUAUUGCACUAAACAUUACAAUACAGGAAAGUUUACUUGUAUAGAAGUACGAUUCCAUCUGGAACGGCAAAUGGGAUACUAUCUCAUCCAGAUGUACAUCCCCAGUCUCUUGAUUGUAAUUCUAUCCUGGGUUUCAUUCUGGAUCAACAUGGAUGCAGCUCCAGCCAGGGUUGCUUUGGGAAUAACGACUGUGCUGACCAUGACCACACAGAGUUCAGGGUCACGAGCUUCCUUACCAAAGGUUUCGUAUGUCAAAGCCAUCGACAUUUGGAUGGCAGUCUGCCUGCUUUUUGUGUUUUCCGCACUUCUGGAGUAUGCAGCUGUAAAUUUUGUGUCAAGACAACACAAAGAACUUCUGCGAUUUCGAAGAAAGAGAAAGAAUAAGACAGAAGCUUUUGCAUUGGAGAAGUUUUACCGUUUCUCAGACACGGAUGAUGAGGUGAGAGAAAGCCAAUUCAGCUUCACAGCCUAUGGAAUGGGUCCAUGCCUGCAAGCAAAAGAUGGUGUGACUCCAAAGGGCCCAAAUCACGCCACCCAGGUAAUGCCUAAAAGCAUGGAUGAAAUGAGGAAGGUCUUUAUUGACCGGGCCAAGAAGAUUGACACUAUCUCCAGAGCCUGCUUCCCAUUAGCUUUUCUGAUUUUUAACAUUUUUUACUGGGUUAUCUAUAAAAUUCUUAGGCAUGAAGACAUUCAUCAGCAACAAGAUUAAGUUUGUGGGGCAUUUAAACACUGACAUUCAAUUCAGAAGAGUUUCUUUACCAUAGGUGUGUGUAUGUGUGUCAGGAACAGAUUAAUAUUCUUUUCAUGGAUACCAAAUAUAUAUUAUGAGAAUUUUAUUUCAUAUUAAUUCAAAAUAAUCUAGAUUUUGUUUUCACAGUAAAUCAUGUCAGUGGAAUCUUUUCCUGCCAGUGUGUUUCUAUGUUAUAUAUUACCACAUAGCAGUAAAGAUGAAAACUGUGGAAUUUCUUGACUUUUAAUUAAGUGAUGUUAAAUGUUAAAAAGCAAGAUUUGCACAGUAAAUUUUAUGAAAAGAUAAUAAGAAGAUGAUGAAGAUAAUAAAGGUCAGUAGUUUGAAAUACAAAACUAUUUUGUUAUACUUUAAUUACAAAUAAAAAUAAGCAGACAAUUCAGUGGAAAAUUUACUUCUAUUAAUGGAGGAUUACAUGUAGAACACUAUAGAACUACAUACAUAAUGAGAAAUAUUUUUUAAAUGGAAGAUUAAAGACUCAUUGUUUAAAAAACUAAAUUCAGUUGCUUAGAAUAUGAAAUUUCCCUCUGUGGAAAGUUAAAUGACUUAUGAGAUCAUGUAGCAUACAAAAAUCUACUUGUCUUAAACUUUAUUUCUCUAGAAAUGCUGAUGGAAAUACUGAAAACAUGGUCAUUUUUAAACAAGCGUUAUAGUGAUUUAUUUUUAAUAACUGUCAAUAAAAAUUCAAGCCAGUAUCUUCACUUUUAUUGGAUUUUUAAUAAGCAUUCAUCUCUGCGUGAUAUCUAAUGUUUAUAUCUAGUGUUUUUAUACAACUGAAAAAAGUGCAACAAGGUAUUCGUAGUUUAAACUUAGACUUUAGAAUGUUAGAUAAUUAAAUUAUUUACAAUUUUAUUAAAUGAAUUCAGUAGAAACAAAAAUGGACUAUUUAAAUUUUUUUUUUAAAUUAUACUAGUUUUUCCCAUGAAAACUAUGUGGGUUCAAACUGUCUCCAACUAUAAGGACACAUGAUUUUAAUUUUAAAUUAUAUAAAUAAAUCAACUAUAUAGAAUAAAGAAUAUUUUAAUAUGACUGAACAAUUGUAUUCAAAAUAUAAGUCAUUCACAUAAUGGAAAUAAUAUUAGAUGAAAUUUUUACUUAAAAUGAAUCAAUAAUCCCCUAAGAUUAUUUCAACUAUAAUGGGACAGUGAUUUGUAUCAUGCAUGUUAUUAGGUGAACAUAUAUAGCAAAAAUUCUCAGUUAAAUUAAAGCAGUCUUACUCUUUUCCAGUUUUGUUAUUUUAUGCUAUUUUAAAAAUGUUUCAGAGUGCUUUUUAGAUAUUAUAAUUAUGAUUAGAUGUACUAAAUUAAAAUUCAGUGUGCCAGAUUAUUUACAGAGAAAAGUUCACACUAUAAGCAGUUAGCUCAGAUAUAAGAAAAAUAAGGCGGUUUUUUUUUUUUUUAGCCAGAUAAUACUAUUUUCUGAACUUCAGCCACUCAAAUGAAAAGCAGAAACUGCCAUUUAAAAUUUAAAAACUUUUCAAUGCUUCUAUCCUUUAUUCAAAUGUAGAUUUUAAAAGCAAUUUUUAAAAAAAACAUAAUGUAUGUACAGCAGUUUUUGCUGAGAAAAGGGUAAAUUCUCUUUUUUGAAAUUUAAAACAAGAGGUAAACAUCAACAUGUUUGGCAUUAUAUACAAGUGCUACAACUGAGAAAAUUGCUACCAUGCACUCUAUUUAUUUUGAAGAUUACCUACCCAAAAGUUAGCUGUGUCUUCAGCUGGUGUCUAUGAACUAAAACCAUGAAAACAUAUUCUUGUACUAAAGAUUAGAACAAGAUAUGUUAUUUGUGCUCUCUGACAAUUAGCUGAAGAGUUUAAAGUAUUGAUAAACUACAUUGUCUCAUUACAUUUAUGAAACAGCUGACUACAUUUUAUAUAUUGUACAAAUCGAAACUUUUAAAUUUUUGAAUAUUAAGUGAAUGCUGCCAGAAACAAAAAAAAAAUAAUCUAAUGAACAUAAAGAUACAUAUUCUCAAGAGAAAUUCAGAUAUCACUUGCUUUCCUGAGAAUAUCAAAAGUAUUUCAUUUUUUAAACCAGACACUUGAAAUAUAAAAUACCAACCAUGAGAAAACCUGUCAAUAAGAACCUGUUGAUACUGUAGAAAUCUCUUUAUCCCAAAAAUAUUCUGCAUUUUUAGGCAUAAUGUUCCUUGCCCAUAUAUAUCUAUCACUGCCUUCUUGCAUUAAAAGAUGCUUCACUUAUAAUCAAUAGUGACAAGGCACAUAUGGCUGAAUCUAAAACGUUGAAAGGAAUAUGUCCCUUCUAAUGAUUCAGACACUUUAAACUUGGAAAAAUUCACUGUAGUUACUAUCUUGAAUUGGUAUUCAUUGCAACUAGCUCUGUGUCAAAUCAAAAUAUUCUAAUGUAAGCCAACCAGAAAACCACUAAUGGUGAGAAAAUUUUAAAGUGUGCAUAAAUAGUACGAGUAACUAUUAUACAUUUAAAUUGGAAAUUAAUGUACAUAUUCUGAUGCAUUUUCAAAUAGCCGUGUUAGAAAGUAUGUGAUUUUUGUUAAAAUAUUUUAUAUCAACUUUUGAAAAGUAAUUAUGUACCCAGACUAUUGAAAUAUUUGUAUCCAUGUCAUGUAAGUUUUUAAGAAAGCAGGUACUAGGUAUAUAUUUGCUCAAACUUCUAUCUUUUCCAAACAUUAGAGUUGAAAUUGAAAUAUAAAUGAAACCUAGAACAUCCUUUACUACUUGAAACAGAUGCCAGAAUCAUUAGAAAUAAGAGACUCAAGGGUCUUUAAAAUGUCUCCAAUCUUUGCAGAAGUUUCUCCAUGCAUGACACACACGUCAAGAGCCCAUCCAAUUCACCUCAUCUUACUCCAUAAUGAAUUCCUGUUGAAUGGGUAUAGUCAGAUAUCUUUUAUCUCUGUUUUGAAUUAUUAAUAUUCAAGCAUCUAUAUACACCUGAAUGGCCAGGAUUUAAUGAAAUAUAAUGAAAAUUUUAGAAAAAACAUAUAAAAUAAAGCAACAUGUUUAACAGCAAAGAGCAAAUUGUUAACUAUUUUUAUGCGGUUGCAGCAUUAAUAGUUACACUAGUUGGAGAAAAUUGGGUGUAUCUUCUUUAUAUAUCCUUUUCAUCAAGAUCAUUCAUCUAUCUUACUUUUUUAAUUUUUAUUUUUCUUAUGUGUCUUCAAGACAUAAUUGUACAUUCUUCAUGGAGAAUUGGUGUGUGUACAUAACAUAAUUCAAGCAUUUUUCAUCACUUCUCUCCCUUUCUCCAUCUUUUGGUCCCCUCCCCUUUUGCAAAAGGUCUAUCUCCUUGUUUCUUGCUGUCUUCUACUUUUCCUUUUAAUUUUAUAUUGUUGGUUUCUCAUAUAAGAGAGACAGUCCUAUUUAAGCUUGUAUACCAUAUCCAUUUCACUUAACAUUAUGAUCUCAAUGUAUAUUCAUUUUCCUACAAAUGAUUCAAGUCUAUCCUUUAGGGCAGAGUUGUACUCCAAUGAGCAUGCUUUUUUAAGACAUAAAUUUCUAUGCUUAAUAUGAUGUACCUCUGUUUGCGAGUUACUUGACAGAAUUAAACAUUAUUGUAGGAGCUUAAAUUUUCCUUUUAUUCAUAAUGUACACAUUCUAAACUGAUUUGGGAGAAUUGGGACUUGCCAUAUUUAAAAUAGAAAAUAGCAUACUUUCAGUACUGAGAGUAGGAAGGAGACAAUAUUUAAUUCACUGUUGUCUCCUAGCAACAAUUUGGGAUAUUGGAAGAGCAAAGUUCUUGAAAAUGAAAAUAUGUCUAAUAAUUCUUAGUUACUAACAAUCUUUGAAGUCAUAAUAUCUCCACUCCAAACAGAUUUCAGAUACUUUGACACACUGAUAAUCCCAUAAAUCUCGAGGUUUACUAUCACAUAACACUUGUAUUUCUCAUCUACUUGAUGUUGAACUAGCAAAGAAAAGCAGCCACACCAAAUAAGCAUUAUGAACACGUAGUCAGUCAGUUUUCAUUGGUGCUAACGGAGCAAAGAUUAAAAUAAUGGGCUUUAUCAGUAUAUUAGGAGAGUAAUUGUGGUUUCCACUCACGUAAGCCAGUUUAAUUUAACAGUCUAUUCAAGGCAAAUAUAAUCAAUGAAAAUCUAACUGAAGAAAAUAAUAAUUAUUUUGCUUUGCUGAGUGAUUAGUCAGGAGUUAUCUUAAUGACGCAGAGAAAAUUGUUUUUAACUUUAGAAUUGCAAGCUUGUGCUUUAGAUUAUAACUACUUAUUAAACACAGUGAUAAUAAUUGUAUUUCUUGCUUGAUAAUUUAGGCUUUCAGUUGUUUAACUAGACUAUUAUAUUGCCUUUGUUUAAUUUCAAAACUGAGUUACAGGCUAUUACAGAAGUGCUGAAAUUCUCAGCACAAUCCUCUCUAGCAGACUACAAACUUAACUUGUAUUGCUAGUUACUGACUUUAUACGCAUUUCUGGGAAGGCUUUAUUUGCAAAACCACACAAUGUUUUAAAAGUUAAAUUUCAAAUAUCCUUUAAACUGGAUUCAAAGUGGUCUAAUAUGCUCAAAAAAUAUUGAAUUAGUUUUUGGCACAGCUUUUCAAAUAAUUCAGACAAAACCGCUUUCAUUAUCUGAAUCUACCUAAAUAAUGGGCAGUGGAAAUCUACAGCUGCAGAGGUCAGAAAUCUACAUUAGACCUGCAUUCUGAAGAUGACACUCCAGGCCACUAUGCUUUCACAAUUCUUUAUUGCAUCUUCUAUUUGGGGCCACAAAACCAUUCGCAGCACUGCAACAAUAAUCAUAACCAUCUUAUUGAUCAAACAUAAUAACCUUUAUCUAGCCACAUAGUCACUCUUUAUAUAACAGGAAAUUACUCACCUACCACUUGAAACUUAAAAUACACACUCUUUUUUUUCUGGCUUUUUACUUUAGACCAUGACGUCUAUUAUUGAAUCAUUUUGACUUUCAAAUGGAUGCCAAAACUGAUAAGAAGAAUUAUUGUUUGUUUAUAAAAAAGCAACCUGAUGCUUUUCAACACAAUAUAAUAAAACACAUAUGUAUAUGAACAUAAAGAUUCCUAUCUUGGCUUAAUGCAAAUAAUAUAUCCACUGCUAUAUUUAUUCUUUAUACAAAGAUGCAUAAAUAUUUUUAUUUUCUUACCCAUGUACUGCAAAGACUAGCAUAAUACAGCAAUCUCAGUAUGUGUUUACUGUUAUAUAAUCCUUACAUGAAUAAACACAUACACAAUUAGUUUCAUUAACUUUAAAAUCAGGCUUUUGGCCCAGUUCUGCCAUUUCAUACUAAUUUUAAGAAAUGAAUUUACGCUGAGGGUGUGGCUCAGUGACACAGCACCUGCCUGGUAAGCACAAGGUUAUGAGUUCAAUUCCUGGUACCAAAACCAACAAAACAAAAGAAUAAAAAAGAAAGAAAGGAAGGAAAAAAGAAAAUACAAAAAAGUGAAUUUGCAUAAGAAGACAGCUGUUAUGUAAUCCUUUAGGGGAAGAAGUGAUGUGUAUUCUUCCAUAGCAAAGAUACUUAGAAUUCAUGUAAAAUGUAAUUCCCUACAAUUUAAGCAUAAACAAUGAAAGGAAUAUAUCCUAGAAAAGCUUCUUCCAGAUAUAAAAGCAGAAAACUCUCAAGUUAGUAUCCUGUCUUCUAUUUACAUUUUCGUCAAUGCUGCUUGAUCUCAGUUCACUCAGUUACACACACACACACACACACACACACACACACACACACACACUCAGUCAUGCUAGGUAUUGUGAUCCUUCAAAUUAGAAAUACAAAAGAAGUCAUCUUUCCUAACCAAAGGCCUUAAUCAAUUGACCUAUUUUACAAUGUAAAUGACUCUAUGUGGGAAACAUGAAUAAUGCUAUCACUUGAUUUGGCUAUGACUUCAUUUUGAAGCCACAAUAUUUUAUCUAAAAAAUUCAGAAACAAAGCUAUCUAGAUCAAAUCUUGUUUCUAAUUCUUAAAGACAGAAAUCUUAAACACCACUUAGGGGUUAAGGGUGACUGCCUAGCAUGCUUAAGCUCUGCAUUUACUCCUCAGUAAAAAAGCACAACAAUAACAGUGAUAAUACCAAUGACAGUUACUAUGUAGGCUACCUUCGAAAUAACUAUGCCAAACAAUCCUUCCGAAAAUACAGCCAGUGGAGUUUUUAUCAUCUUAGAUAGAGUUUUCAAUUUUUAAAGUUCAUACAUAAGCAAGAUAGAAAGCUAACUUUAAAAUCAGGAGACACUUUUUUAAAAGGUGUUCAAAAUUUUUAAUUUUUUUUAGUAUACCAGAAUUCCACAUAUACACAUGCAUAAAGGAUUCUAAUAUACAAACAGAAUUCAGAACCGUGUGUGUGUGUGUGUGUGUGUGUGUGUGUGUGUGUGUGUGUGUGUGUGUAUGAUGUGGAUCUGGAAAUAUAUAAAUACAAAUUCCAACAUAGAAAAUUAUGAUUCAAUCUUCAACCGAUUAAACAAGUAUUAACUGAGCAACUUAGGUGUGCUUGGUAGGCACAGUGGUAAACGCUGAAUUCAGUAUCUUGCAGGGAGUCAUGAAAGUCUGCCUUAUCGAUGGUUUGCUGAUGAAAGGACUGACAUGAACACAGACAAGCCUAUUCCAAAACCACUCAAAUUAACACAAAGUUUUGUGUUUUUUCAAGCCACCUAUUUUAAUUAACUUUCAUUUAAAUUAUUGGAGUUAAAAAUACUCCUUUCAGCUUUCCAACGAAUGUUAAAAUCUUCAUCACCAUAUUAGCUAUGUUCUCCUCAUACCCAUACAUAUCAUACGUAGAUUGUUUCCUCGCUGAGGCCAGCCUGUUCCACUGUGUCAUAAUUCUGUAUCAUUAAAAAGUGAGUCCUCAGCAUGAAAUUAUUUUAACUUCCUAAAAACAUUUAAGCCUAUUCCAUUCUUUAUCAUGCAUUUUCUAAUAUCUGCUACCUACAUUUAGGCUCAAUCAAUAUAUUGUUAUUCAGUCAUCUAUUACAACUUUUAAUCUUAUUUAGACAAUUCAUUAGGUCAUUUUAAGUAUUAAACUAUAGGGAGACAUUUUCAGAUUUAUAAAAUAUAUAAAUGUAAAAUUAAUGGUCAGCCAGAUGUGGGACAAGCUUGUAAUCCCAGCACUCUGGAGACUGAGGCAGGAGAAUCACCAUGAGUUUCAGGUUAGCCUAUGCAGUAAGUUCUAAGCCAGUCUAAAUUACAUAUAAAGACCUUGUCUCAACAAAAUAAAAUAAAAUAAAGUAAAAUAAAAUAAGUCUAUUUAGAUAAAUAAAUACUAAUAAAAUAUAUGUAAAUUAUUUGCAGUAACUUUAAACAUCUUCCUGUAAUUUAGCAAUAAUUCCAAACAUUUAUAAGUACAGUUUGGAUACAAAGAUGCUAUACAAAAUACUACAAAGUAUUAUUAAUUUUUUAAAAAUCAGCUAGGAUAGGCAUAUUGUAGGGUAAAGUAUAAUAAACAUAUAGUGAAAUAAUUAUGCUGUUUUCCUUUGACAGUUGAUUUUUCUCUGGGGUGAUUUUAGCAAAUGCCCCUCAGGGAAGCCCACUUACACACAUUAUCUAGCUUGGUUUGGUAAUGUAGGAGGAAGUGAGGAACUGUGGAUUAAAGAUAAAUAAUAAAAGUCAAAUGAAAAGCUGAGCUUGUUGAUGUGUGAGUAAUUUUUGUGCUCCUUCAUUUUCAUCUCUAUGAGUUAUGUGAUAGCUUAUUUUAAAUCUGCAUUUUAAUCUAUGACACGUACCCAUUCAGGGAAAAAACAGAGUAAAAUACUUUGACAUUCUAAAGUUAUUAUAUAACAUGCUAUGGGAAAAGAUCAAAAAGAAAAUGUGCCAAA